UGGCCCAGCUAACUGAAUGAAUAUUCUUUUUAAGGUGGCCUUGCUCUAGAAAUCACUUACAUCACUUAAAAAAUCUUUACACAACACACCACAAAAUCCAGAAUGCAGUUAGCCAAAUAUUCAAUAUUUUUGUUCAUUUUAUGCGGAAUCCUGAUCCCGGUAGAAAUAGUAGCCAGAUCACUGGAAAAGAAACAGCCGAGAGGAUCAGUCGCCAGAACUGGGGAGGGUGAAGCGCCGGCAGAGGGUGCUGCUGCCCCUGGUGGAAAACCUGAACACAUAAAGCGCGAAGGAGGAGAAAUGCCUGAAAUGCCCAUGGACCUGAACACGAUGCACGCGCCAUGUGACAUGGACACCAGGGGCAGGCAGAGCUACAUAUUCGCCUUUCCCAACCAUUGCAUUUGGGCGUUCAACAAUCGGUACAUGAGCGAAACUCAUUUCCGCAUCUACAAGACCUACCAGUUGGAAGGAUUUUUCUUUGGCCAGUAUUACGAGCGGCUUAAGCGUUACGAAUUCGAGCCACAUUCCUACGAUUACAAUAUGUGAUGCAAUGUGCUUAAAGUGCAGCGAACAAAUUCUAACUAUUCCGACGGACUACUGAGACAUUUCCAUUAUAAUAUAUAUUAUUUAUAGCAUGCCUUGAAUGUUUUGCCUUUUGAGCGCACAAAAAACGAUGUCCGAUAAUGAGUUUUCGUGGUUAUAAGUAACAAAGUAACUUUCCAGAUUCUUAUCAUCUAUGAAAGACGCUUUUCUGGCCAUUUUCACCGCGUUUUGACAGGCAUCGCAAGCUGCGUUCAAUGGGAGCGGAAAUUUGAUAUUCCUCAAAAGCAUUUUCACUGUUUGCUCUGCGAAAGUAGGAAGUAAUGUGCGUAGCAACUGCUGUUCAAUUUCCCACGAUUGGAGCUGAAUCUGAUGACCUUUUGGACGCCACUGUCAUAAAAAAGGAAUCCCAAUCUCGCAUGUUAAAAUUUUGUCAUUAUGACCACAUUUAUAUUGUUGAUUCCUGUUUUAAUUGCGGCCCUAUUCAUGGCUGUAAUGAAACAUAAUCAAUCAACUUCAUUCGUUUGGGCGAAAACAAAUAAGGUGCAACGCCUUAAGUGAA